AUGAAAUGUGUCUUCUCGCCAAUGUUCUCAAUUGCUAUAAAUGGCAGCCCCCAUGGUUUCUUUGAAGGCAAGAGGGGAAUCAGGCUAGGAGAUCUCAUGUCACCAAAGCUGUUCAUCUUUUGCAUGGAAUACCAAUCCAGAUUGCUUGUCGACCGGACAUCAGAUACCAACUUCAACUACCAUGCGAGAUAUGUCAAGCAACGAAUCACACACCUUGCGUUUGUAGAUGAUCUCAUGUUAUUUGGCAGUGGCGAUGUGAUGUCCAUGGCCAUACUUGCAGACACAAUGCAAGAGUUCGCUGAGUGUUCUGGCCUAGGGAUCAAUAAAGACAAGUCUAACUUGUUCACAUGUGGGAUAGCCCAAAGAAGGGACUUUGAGGAGAUUAGAGACAUCUUUGGCUUCCCAAAAGACACCCUCCCUGUGCGAUACCUAGGGGUUCCCCUCGACUCCAAGAAGCUCAAUAUUAUGCAUUACUCACCGAUGAUUGAGAAAAUUGCAUCGACGACGAACAGAUGGACAGGCACAAACCUAUCAUAUGCGGGCAAGGCCGAGCUCAUACGGUCAAUUUUGCAAGGAGUCGAAUGCUAUUUGAUGCAUGUUUUCCCUCUCUCGGCAAAUGUGAGAGACCGCAUCAAAUCAAUUUGCUGA